GGACAGGGAAACUUAGCUGCUCAUAGAAAAGAAAAAGACCCAAUAAAUUCCUAGUUAGGAACCAUGGUGGACUAAUACUAUAGAUGAAUCUACUCUAAGGUAACACAAAUUCCUGGUUAACCAAAAAAACAAUAAUAAAUUACAGCACUCUUAGAAUAAUACAAAUUCCUUGUUGACCAAAAAAAAAAGAUAAUAAAUUAAGAAUUUAUAUAAAAUGUUUGCAGUACAAAUAGUCUCGGUCAGAAUUGGUUAAAAUCAGUUAUUAGGUCCAAACAGCAUAUGCUAAACCCUAAUUGUUUUACAGUUCUGAACUUAAGGCUUGAAGUACAGGUUGCACAAACCUGUCAAAAAUAUCAAGCAGUAACAAAAUAUUGGAAAGCUGACUGAGACUAUAAUAAUCCUAGGACUUUAAGAAAUCAAUAAAGUAAAGAAAGGUAAAUACUAAAUACAAUUCCAACUAAUCGGAAGAGCAAAAUCCAUCACCCAGAAGAGAUGAGGCAUUCCAACAACAAGAAUGUAAUUAUUACUCUUGUUUGAACAACACCCUACUUUGAUAACAGCAUGUUGGAAGAACAGAUACACUGCAGCAGGUGGAACUCAGGGUUACAACUGAAGGCAAAGUGCAUAUUCAACAAAGUUCAAAUGUUAGUUAGAUUCAAAUGUUAGUUAGCUAGUAACAGAAUUUGUUGUUGUAAUAACAAUAUAACAGAGUUUGUUGGAUUAGUUAUAAGGUGUUGUACCAAUUUGAGCAUCUACUGCUAUAAAUAAGUUGGCUCUGAACAUUGUAAAUCAUUCUAAGAAUGAAAUAAAAAACUAAGCCUCGUUCCCUCCCAACUUUCCUCUCCUUAUCUUAGUUCUUGCAUUCUUGAAUUUCCAAAUUCCAUCUACAAUUCCACCCAGUCCAAUUGGUAUCACAGCCACUGUCUUCGCACCUGUGGGCAUCUCAAGCCAGCAGCAAUGGCAGAUAACACCAGAGGGAUUGAGUUGCGCCGUGUGGAGGAGUCACUGCGGCAAUCCACAAAAGACACAUUUCAGAGGAUUGAAACUAUUGAAGGAGCUUUGAGCAGAAUGGAGGACAUGAUGCUGCAAUUAUCGCGGCAGCAGAGCAAGGUGAUGCAGAAAUUGCAAGAUGGAAGCCCAUCAGGAGGGUUGUUAAGAGGCGAAAUGCUGCUGCGGUUCAGAUUCUGGUGCAGUGGAAUGAUUCAUCUCCUUCUGAAGCCUCUUGGAAGUCCUGGGAAGACAUUAAAAGGCGAUUCCCUAACUUUAACCUUGAGGACAAGGUUGCUUGAGUGGGGGGAAUUGCAGCAGGUGGAACUCAGGGUUACAACUGAAGGCAAGGUGCAUAUUCAACAAAGUUCAAAUAUUAGUUAGGUUCAAAUGUUAGUUAGCUAAUAACAGAAUUUGUUGUGGUAA